UCCCUCCUGGCCCCGAGGGAAAAGUGUUCCUUGAAGCUGUAGUGCCUUUCCGAUUCGCUUUCUCUCCCCUCGAUCCUAGUCCCGGCUCGGGUCCGAGCGCGAGCUGGUGGGGUGAGCGCUGGAAGCCCCACCGUGCCCGGGAGCGCAAGGCGCCGGGACCCGGGAGAGGGGCGCGGGGGCACGAGGCGCGGGGAGGACUCCCGCGCCCGCACAUGGCUGCGGCCCCCCGCGCGCACCCCGAAGCGCCGCGCCCAGCUAGCCAAAGGUCUGUAGGCUGCGCCCCGCCGCCCAGCAGCCAGGCAGCGGCUGAGCGGGGAAGUGCCCGCGUCCGAGAAUCGGGAUGUCCCUCCUCCCGCUCCUCUUGCUAGUUUCCUACUAUGUUGGAACCUUGGGAACUCACACUGAGAUCAAGAGAGUGGCAGAGGAAAAGGUCACUUUGCCCUGCCACCAUCAGCUGGGGCUUCCAGAAAAAGACACACUAGAUAUUGAAUGGCUGCUCACUGAUAAUGAAGGAAACCAAAAAGUGGUGAUCACUUACUCCAGUCGUCAUGUCUACAAUAACUUAACUGAGGAACAGAAGGGCCGAGUGGCGUUUGCUUCCAAUUUCCUGGCGGGAGAUGCCUCCCUGCAGAUCGAGCCUCUAAAACCCAGUGAUGAGGGCAGGUAUACCUGCAAGGUGAAGAAUUCAGGGCGUUAUGUGUGGAGCCACGUCAUCUUAAAAGUCUUAGUGAGACCAUCUAAGCCCAAGUGUGAGUUGGAAGGAGACCUGACAGAAGGAAGUGACCUGACUCUGCAAUGUGAGUCAUCCUCUGGCACAAAGCCCAUUGUGUAUUACUGGCAGCGAAUCCGGGAGAAAGAGGGAGAGGAUGAACAUUUGCCUCCCAAAUCUAGAAUUGACUACAACAACCCUGGCCGAGUUCUGCUGCAGAAUCUCACCAUGUCUUCUUCUGGGCUUUACCAGUGCACAGCAGGCAAUGAGGCUGGGAAGGAAAGCUGUGUGGUGCGAGUGACUGUACAGUAUGUACAAAGCAUCGGCAUGGUUGCAGGAGCAGUGACAGGUAUCGUGGCUGGAGCCCUACUGAUUUUCCUCUUGGUAUGGCUGCUAAUCAAAAGGAAAGACAAAGAGAGAUAUGAGGAAGAAGAGAGACCUAAUGAAAUUCGGGAAGAUGCUGAAGCCCCCAAAGCUCGCCUUGUGAAACCUAGUUCCUCUUCCUCAGGCUCUCGGAGCUCACGCUCCGGUUCUUCUUCCACUCGAUCCACAGCAAACAGUGCCUCACGCAGCCAGCGGACGCUGUCAACUGAAGCAGCACCCCAACCUGGGCUGGCCAGCCAGGCAUACAGCCUAGUAGGGCCAGAGGUGAGAGGCUCUGAACCAAAGAAAGUUCAUCAUGCUACCCUGACCAAAGCAGAAAACACACCCAGCAUGAUCCCCAGCCAGAGCAGAGCCUUCCAAACUGUCUGAAUUACAGUGGACUUGACUCCCACUCUUUCCUAGGAGUCAGGAUCUUAGGACUCUUCUAGUCAUUGGAGUUCAGUCACCAGCCACACAACCCACUCAAAUCAGACAAGAGGUCAUUUAAGUAACAGUGAACAUCACAUGGAACAGAUUCAGAUGAGCACUUUACUGAUACAACACCAAACGAGCAAAAGGAUAUAAGCUGAUCAUCUCCAAAAAGGCACUACUGACCUUUAGACCAGAGUGGGGGACAGAGAGAAACAGGAAUGCAAAUCUGUAUUUGUUGACCGGGACCUGUGGUGAGAAGGUUGGGGAAAAGUGAAGUGAACGCUCCUAAAACUUCUCACCUGGGAUAAUUUGUAUCAGUACUUCAAUUCGCCAUUGUCAAGAAGAAAUGAGGUGGUGUUCAUAAAUUUUCUAUGCAUUUCUGCAAACCUACUGGAUUAUUGAUUAUUCAGAUAGUCAAACAGAACCCACAGCCUUAUAUCAAACUGAUCUGCACCAUGUACCAUACUAACUGCUUCCAGGGAAACUCCAAAAGGAAACAGGUCUCUCCUGUUCUACUUGACUUCAUGUGUCGUAAGUUUGGAUAUUAAUUUCAGAAGGAGUUGAAAUAGUGGUAGUGGGAGAUGGAGAAGAGUGAUCCAGUUUCUCCUCAUCUACUACUACUAAUCAUCCUCUUCACACUGAACCCUCAACUAAGAACUGAAAAAGGAGUCCAAAAUGUGUGACAAAGGGCCUAUGGAAAGCUUACCAUCUUGAUGUUCAGAGGAUUGCUGACAAAUAUCAGAAAUACAUACUGGGAGCAAUUGUGGGUUUUCCCCUCAAAUCAGAUGACUCUAAGAACUACCCUGUUGCGUAUCUCUGGAAGAAGCAAAUAUUCACUACAUGUCAUUUAACAAUGUCCUUAGCAAAGUCUUCUAGAGAAUAUGAGAUCUAAAGAUGUUGAAAGAUCACCUGACAUGCAUGCUAUUAUAGUUUCUUCGGAGAAUAUGUGAAACCAGAAUUUCAAGACUGACUGGUCUAGAGGGAGAGAUUAGAUCAGUUUUCUCUUAAUAUGCCAGGGAGUGAUAUAAGGAAGUUUAGCAUUGCAACAAACUUGGAGUUUUCUCUUUCAUUUUAAAAGGAUGUGAAUCUGGGACUUUUGAUGAUUUAAGGCCUUAAUUAUCAAAAAGAUCAGAUUGUCAUUUCUUAAUGGCUUUGCAAGUGUAUAUCAUAAUCAUUCCCUCCUGAGAGGCUGAAGCAGAGAGGAAUUCAGUAUUUUCUCAGCUUCUGCUUCCACGGAAGCCUAGCUCUGUGUUGGAAGGAAAGGGAACUAACAUGUAGGGAAAAGAUGGUGAGAAUAACUAGUGCCUGUUACCAUUUCAGUUGUCAGCAUCUGGGAAAGAAUUAGCAGAAAGAACUCACCAGGAAAGCCAUUGAAAGAGUUGGUGCAUUGAAGAAGAAAGGUGUCUGAGAAAUAAAAAGCAGUAGCCUCCAAUAUAAUAAAUUGCCUUCUUAAUAGUUUUGACUACUAGGAUACCUGUCCCAAAAUACUGAUCCUGAAAUAGACCUUCGAGAAACCUAACACAAAUGUCAACUGCUCACCACUGGCAGAGUUGGAGCAGCAGGCCAGAGGAAAGAAAAAGUAAUGUCAAGUAUGGCAAUAAAAGCACUGGCUCUAAAACAGGAAUCAGAUGCUUACAAAGGACAAGAUGAUCUAGGGUUUUGCCCCAUUUCUCUGGUUUUAUUUAUUAAUUUUUUAAUUUUUUAUUUUUUGCAGUAUUAGAAAUUGAAUCCAGGGGCAAUCUACCACUGAGCUACAUCCCCAACUCCCUUUUUAAAAUUAUUUUUAUUUUGAGACAGGAUUUCACUAAGUUGCCCCAAUUGGCCUUGAACUUGUGAUGCUCCUGCCUGAGCCUCCCCAAUAGCUGGGAUUACAGGUGUGGGCCACUGUACCUGGCUUCUCUGGUUUUUCAUUCCUAUAAAAAUAGGAAUGUAGUGUUCUCCAAUAGUAUAAAUGCAUUUCCUUCUUAAGUACCUAAGAGUUGAUCCUUAGGUGAAGUUUUUGUUUUUGGUAGUGAUGGGAAUUUAAUUUAGGGCCUCAUACAUGCUAAGCAGAAAGUUUUAACCUGGGUUUUGUCUUCCUCAAAAAAAAGAUAGAAAUGACUGAAGAAGAAACAUAAAGAAUGUCUGCUAUAAGUUUAAGAAACUGGCAUAUUUGGAAUGCUUCUUCUACUAACUCUUAUCUCAUUGUAAGAUAUAAAGAACCCUUUACUCUGACUACUUUUUUUUUUUUUUUUUUUCUUUUUCUGGAAGGGUGGUAUCCAGGCAACAUAUCUCUUCUACUAUGUGAUUCUGAGAAUUCUCAUUCCUCAAGUACCUGAGCCAAACAAGUACACUAUGGAGGCUGCAGCUGUGUCAUCACUAGCAAUUUGCUCUUAUUAUUGACUACCUUUGAACCUAAAGCUUCAAUUCCCCUUGCAUGAAAAGGUUUAAAUUACUUAAAUAUGUAGUUAUCAGAAAACUAAAAUACCACUGAACAUCCAGAUGUUUUUAAAAAUGUAUUCACAAUGGAAAUCUACAAUGAAUACACAAAACAGAUUAUACAAAGAGUUGAGAGAUCUGAGAGAAAAGGUGCUGAAGUUUUAGCAAUGACAGUGCACUUCUCUUUGAGUCAGGCAUUUAGGUUCAGAUAAGAUAGGCUCUAGGCUUGAGAUAAAGAUAGAGCCACUACUGGUUCCAAGCCAUAUUCCAUUGACUUUGCAAAUCAAAUAACCUGACUCUUAAAUAUGAAAACAAAAAGAGGAUAAAAUAACUAAAUGGUAGAAAAAAAAUGUUUGUAGAAAGAAAAUGCAGAUGGAAUGAUACGGAUGUUUAGAGAAUAACUAUUUCAAUAAAAAAUGUAAACCAAACUUAAAUUUGUAAGAUAAUGAAGUUGAUGUCUUUGUUGUUACAUUGUAUAAAAACAUUUCAGAAUGACUGUUCCAAAAAGACAUAUAUAAUUUUG